AUGUAAUGGGCGCCAAGGACUGUGAGUGAGACUCAGUGUGCAGCGCACUUCUCAUAAUGUUUGGUUUUCCGGAUGGAAUGUCCACAUCACUGGGAUCUCCGGGAAAGGGAGAGGUAAAAGAAUAGCAGCGAUUUAUUCUCUAAGGAUUGUUUUUAAAAAGAACAGAGGCCAACGGCACAGCACAGACCCAUGAUCCUCAUUGUAAAGGAGAGCAAAUACCAGCAGAUUAAAGAUAAAAAAGAAUGAUUAACUCUAAAAGGAUGAGCUCACGGAGCUGAAGGCGGCUGGUUGUGGUAGAGCAGCUGCUUCUCGGCGAGGAGCAGAGGCGCUGCGUCCAAGAACUGACCAUCAUCACUGACCACAUCGUGCAGGGGUUCGGCGCCGCUCUCCCUGCCCCAAAGGGGAAGGAGGAGCUCAAAUACCCGCAUCGCAAUUAAGUCCCCCACCAGAGCCAGAACGCUAUGACGGCGCCGGGCCUUCUGUCGGAGGUGGAGCUACUGAGGAGGCAGGUUGUGGAGAUGGAGGGAAAGGACGAGGAGCUGAUACACGUGUGGGACCAGUGUCGAGACCUGGACCACAGCCUGUACACGGAGACCAGCCACUGCCGGAGCUUGAAACUGGAGGUGGACAAACUCAACAGCCGGAUCAGCGAGCUAGACCGGAUGGAGGAGAAUCUGGGGCAGAGCAGGCAGGACUGUAGCAUCCUGAAGGGCAACUUGGAGCGAGAGAGAGAGGUCGCCAAGGGGCUGGCCAACGAGCUUGAUGCUCUCAGAGUCAGGGUGAGAGAGCUUGAGGCCGCCAAAGGCCAACUGGAGAGGAGCGAGUCUGCGAUUAGACAGGACCUGGCCCAGCUCAGGUCACUGACUGUGGCGCUGGUGGAGGACAAAAAGGCCAUGGCCGAGAGGCUACGACUGGCCGAAGAGAAACUCAACAAGAAGGAGGGAAAGAGAAAUGAGCACAGCAACUUGGCUUCAACGACGGAGAGGCAGCAGGCAUUGAGGUGUAGGGCAGAUCUGGAUGAAAGAAUUACCGUCAUCACAAAGGAAAAGUACGAGCUCCAGGGCAGACUGAAAGCCGAAGGGGAGAAGAAUGGAGAGCUGCAGAGCAAAGUCUCCAUGAUGAAGAAACGGCUGCAGAUCUUGGAAAACAGGAGGGAGAAAGAGAAGUACACGCACAGCGACAUUCCAAACAGCGUUGAAUACCGCAGCCACGCUGGGGACAACAAGGUCAAAGAGCUGACCCUGGAGCUGGAGGGCCUGCAGAAGAGACUACGAGAGAAGGAGAUUCUGGAGGAAGCGCUAACAAAGGUGGAAACUGAGUUUGAGGCGCUGCAGAAGCACUUCGGGGAGGAGCAAAAGAGCUGCCGGGCUCUGACGGAGGAGCUAGAGGUGGCAAAAAGGGAGCUAGCCAGGUACAAGCAGGCGGAGAAACAGGAGGUCAACCAGGAGCACCUGCUCCUCUGCCGCCUUCAGAAGGAGCAGGUCAAGUCCCGGCUGCUGGGCCGAGAGGUCGACGCCCUGAAGCAGAAGCUCCAGAAGCUGACGGGAACCGAGCAGUCCAUCUGCAGGGUACGGAUGGACCACUCUGCGCUGCAGAGGAAACUCACCCAGCAGGAGGCCAGCAACAGAGAGCUGGCCCGGGAGAUGAAGGAGCUGUGCAGCGAGCUGCACCACCACGAGCAGACCAAGAGGAUUGCGCAUGACGCAGACAGAGAGCACCCCCGUCGGACCUCCAGGGAGGUUCAGACGGAACGCCGGGAGAGGCUUGGUGGGAAGGACGAUGAAGCGAGCGAUGUCAGAAGGAGCUCCCUCGUCAACAACCUGAACAGCGGCAACAUCAGCCCGUACAGCGGCCGGGCCGAUGCGAACCCAGGGGCCAACGGAGAGGUGAUGAUGCUUGCGCACACGCCGGGGCAGCCCUUGCAGAUCAAAGUGACGCCGCAUCACGUCCUCAACACAGCCACCCUGGAGAUCAGCAGCCCCAACGGCGAAGCGGCAGCAUCCUACACAAGCACCGCAGUCAUUCCAACGAGCGGGGCCUCGCCGAAACAGAGAAUCACCAUCAUCCAAAACGCCGCUCUGUCCACGGUCUGUGGCAGAACACCGCCUCUGAGCCCCGACCGCACUGCGGCCGCCCCACUCGACGGUGGGCCCUUUUCUUGGGCACUAAAGCCAAACUCGCCACGCUCCACCGCGCACGACCAUGGCGGCUCCCCAGUUCAGGUUGUGAACGUCAGGAACUGCUCUCCUGAGACGCCGGAAUAUUGCGAGACGCCGGAGCGGCAGAACAGCUGGCAACGCGGGCGGUCUGGCAGCAGCGACGCGAGUCCCAGCAUCAUUGCCGCAGAGGACAAGAUCCACAUCCACCUGGGGAGCCCGGUCGUCCCGGCUCUGAGCGGGGGGACUCCCGGCAUCCCGCAGCCCAUUGGGCCGUACUACCUCCGACACGAGCAGAGGACUCAGGUGCUCAACAAUGGCUGUCACGUCAAGGGAGUCGGCACAAUUACGAGCAGCAUCACCAUAUCCCCUGCUGCCUCGUCAGCGGCACAUUCCUCCAAUAUUACAGUGAGUGGUCUUUUCGAUUAGGGGAGAAUGUGGCUGUGCUCGACAUACUGUGCCGUGUCUUCAGUCACAUUGUAGGACCAGACAAUUGAAAACAAUUCAUUUUCCAUGAUGAGAACCCUUAGUUUUUCGAUUUUAUAAAAUUUAUGAAAUAAAUGCUUUGUAUUUUCCCAUAUCUUGUUAGUGUGUACAUGAAAACCAUUUGACUGUAUGAGCAAAUGUGUAAUGGUUUUUUUUGAUUUUCUGUUUCAUCAAUGUUUAUUUUCUGUUAAUAAAAAUUCUUGUCUUGAUUCACUUUAAAUACUUUAGCAAGCGUGUUGGAAUCAAAAUAGGUUGCCAGCCAGUUUAAAUGCAGAGUAGUUUAGGGUGAUUAUUUGAAUAUUCUUCUAAAACAUCAAGCUUUUGAUGUUAAAAAACAAACAGCCCUAGGAAAUGUUUGUUUUUGCUAUGAUUGAUGAACAAUUGAGUUAGCAGCUAUUUCAACCACAGCAGAAUGCCUCAUAACCGUGUGUGUUUGAGUGCAAAACCUGUAGCAAAACUAAAUAAAAAAGUGAAUAGUAAUGACCAUAGUCUUUAAAUGUUUUAAAUGGAUAACAACACACAUUUGAAUACCUUUUCGACUUUUGCACUACGCCGCAAAACAUUCUUAUAAUUUUCUGCCAAAGAAAUGGGUUCAGGAUGUGUAUGGGGUGCAGCCAUUAUCAUGCCAAUCCUGCUCAGCCGUUGUUAGCCGCAUGUUUCCACAGCAGUAAAAGCAUUUUGCACAGUCACCCCUCUAAUUACAGACCAAUAAUACAGUUAACUCUAUGGUUAUGUUGAUUCGCCUACGCCAUAUAUAUAUAUAUAAAUAUAUCCCCCGUGUCCUCUAUCACAAUUUUACUGUUUGUAAAAUGCAUGUGAAACUCAAAGUUAACAGAGUCUAAGUAUCUAGUCGGAGUUUCACUUAAAAAUGAUAAUCCAAUACUAUAAUCAGAUUUUUUUUCAAAAAAUGAAAAACUUUCAUUGCUCAAACUGCACUAAUGUUGCACAGUGUAUCGGUACUAGAAAGGUACCGCGGUACACUUACGUUGAAAACGGUACGGUUUUAAAUAUUUUUAGUUCUGGUACUUCGCAAAAGCGUGUGUGUCACACAGGGGAAAACCGAGAGAGAUGGCAGCCCUGUAGCUGUGUUGGAUUGACAACAACUUUCCUAACAGUCAAACAUCAAGCAAGUGGAACACAAGACAAAGCAAGACAGCAAAUAAGUUACUGAAUAGUCCAGCAGAAAUAUAUACAUGCAAACCUACAAUUUCACUCAUGUGGGCCUAUAUGAUCAUGAGGUCAGAAAGCACACAGAAUUGUACAAAAUACACACUUGAUGCAAUUUUCAUUGUUUUUUUUCCAAUAAAGGGGGAAAA